CUUAUACUUUUUGCGAAAAUGAAAUGGUAUAUGGCCAUGAUGUGGACAUGAAAUAUGCGUCGCGUAGCACGCAGGUCGCGACAACACUGGUGGUAUCAGCUGAUGUGGACGCUGUUGCAGUCACUACCUGUCACCCCCUCUCUGGACUGGGCGAAGAUGAUGAUGCCAGAACCAUUGACCAUACACAACUAUUUUCAUUCGGACCCAUGGCUCGCCAUAACGACUAUCAAUGGCAUGAGGAAUAUGUCAACCCAGUCUCAGACCCCAGCUCAAUCGACGUUCGAGACCUCUUGAACGAUGAAUGGGAGUUCAUGACCAAGCCAGACUUUAAUCCUGUGCCGCUGGCGUUGGAACUCAUGGAUGGAAGCUCGCUCGGCAAGGACUAUGAUAUGUUCACUCUGAUUCUCCGGAAUAUCGAAAGGGCGCUCAAGGACGUUGUUGACGGAUCAUAUCAAGGAUUCAAUGCGUCAAUCGGAACAUAUGGUGGCGUGCUUGACAGCAUCUCGGAUUCACAGAGUCGCGUCAAGGAGCUGAGAAUGGAUCUCAAGAACUCGAAGGAGUCGCUUCGACUGAGGCAAGCGGAUCUAGUACAGCUGUAUAAUAAGAGCCAGCAGUACAAGGAUAUGAUCGAGAUGCUGGAUGAGAUCGAAGAGCUGAGGCAAGUCCCUGCGAAGCUGGAAUCUUUAGUCCGCGAAAAACACUUUUUGGCAGCCGUGACACUCUUGGUAUCGGCGUCCAAGACAAUUUCAAGGCCGGAUAUGGCCUCUGUAGGAGCACUAUCAGAUUUGUCUCGGUUCUUUAAUGAACAGCUCGAGUCAAUGGCGGAGAUCCUGACUGAAGAACUUCAUAACCACCUGUACCUGAAGAGCCCGUACUGUGACAGUCGAUGGGCUGCGUAUACCACAGGACAAGAAGCAUUACCAUCAACCGAGCGUGGAUUGUUCGAGGGUAUCGGCAAGGAUCUUACGAAAAUGGGGCAUUUCUCCAACGUCCGCAUGAAGCGCAGCAACGGUGGAUUCCAAUCGAAAUCCAAGCCUGGGAACGAAGUGCGACUGGACGACGAGAUGAUCACAGAGGACUUGGAAGUCAACCCCGAGGUCGAUUUUGCAUACUACCUCGAGAUCCUGGUCGAAUCACUUGGGUUGCUCGGGAAGUUCAAGGAUGCGGUGGUGACAAUCUUACAGCGGGUGCCGUUGGAGACAUACCAGCUGAUUGAUAAGACGAUCAGUGAGGUCAACGAGCGACGGAACGCGGCUGCCCUGCUCAAGGCGAUGACCCAUCCGAGGGAUUCUUAUGAUGAUGAUGACGAGGAGGACGAAAAGUAUCAGGCGACGAAGAAUGCUGAAAACGAAAUUCUGAGGGACUUGUUCUGGACGCUCUUCUCGAAGCUCGAGUGUGUGGUCCAAGGGCAUAGCAUGGUUCUGGUCGCGGGCCAGCGGUUGUUGAGACGCGUAGAGGGAGACCACCUCAAGCAGCGCGACUUGGGACUUGUGGGCGUAACUAUGUACAGUUUUGCAGAUGUGUGGACACCGAUGUUGACAGAGAUCCGAUGCCUGCUCUCGGAUUAUCUGAUGGAUACCAACCAGUCAAACGAUGGACUGGACAGCUUCUUGGGCGGCACCGUGCACGAUUCCGGAUCGGAUCUCAUGCGCUCGCGCAGGAACAACCGUGAUAAGAAUAGGCAACUGUUCAAGUUUACAGACUCGAUCGGUUCCUCCUCAUUGUGCAAAGUCUACGACAAGGAAAUCGGUCGUUCCGCACAAGAGCCCCUGCGCAAGGCUCUUCCUCAGGUCUAUGCCCAAAUGACCGAGCAGGGCCCCUCGUUAGCGUUCUCGGGACUGAUCCAGGACAAGUACGCCCAGGUUCUUGCGGGCACAUCCGCCAGCAACCCUGUCUCGGCGCCCAAUGCCUCGUCAACCAACCCAGACGGUGCCUCAUCCUCUUCAUCAGCCUCCGGAACCAACGGCGGGGCUGGCGCUUCCAGCAGCGGUAGCAGCAAGGCGAACGCAGUGACCUCGAACUCUGUCCCACUGAUCCCCGCUUACUUGAAGGCUGCGCAGAACGGUGCGCUGACGGGAUUGAAGAAUCCAACGAACUCGAACAAUGCGGCAUCAGUUACACAAAAUGCAGCGGCGAGUGGACAUCAGUCGCUCGUGCGGUCGGAUCCCUCGCAUAUCAGUGUUGUGAUUCGUCCUGCGGUCGCGUUUGUCGAGCGCGUACGCGAGAGCGUGCCACAGAGUCGUGAGGAUGGAACGGUCGUCGUCGGCGCUUUCUUUGAUCACGGUGUCAUUAACGUCCCCAUGGGGCGGUUCUAAGGCAUUAUACACAGCAUACUACUCGUAAUUUCAAAUACACAUUACUGAAUACCACGGACGAGUAUGGUUCGCACGGUCACAGCAUUGU